AUGGCAGCCGCCUCCUCCAGGACGCUCUCAGGGUCCGCCUCCGCCCGCUCCCGGGUGCGCCAGAACUUCCACCCGGACUCGGAGGCCGCCAUCAACCGCCAGAUCAACCUCGAGCUCUAUGCGUCCUACGUGUACUUGUCCAUGGCCUAUUACUUCUCCAGGGACGACGUGGCCUUGAACAACUUCGCUCGGUAUUUCCUUCGCCUGUCCCGGGAGGAGACCCAGCACGCAGAGACGCUGAUGAGGCUGCAGAACCAGCGGGGAGGCAGGAUCUGCCUGCAGGACAUCAAGAAACCAGACAGGGACGACUGGCAGAGCGGGCUGAACGCCAUGGAGUGUGCUCUGCUCUUGGAGAAGAAUGUGAACCAGUCCUUGCUGGAAUUGCACUCUCUGGCCUCAGCUAAAGGUGACCCCCAUUUGUGCGACGUCCUGGAAACUCACUAUCUAAAUGAUCAGGUGAAGUCUAUCAAAGAACUAGGUGACCACGUGCACACCUUGAUUACGAUGGGGGCCCCAGAUUGUGGCCUGGCGGAGUACCUUUUUGACAAACAUACCCUUGGAAAUGAAAACAAUCAGAACUAA